AAGUGCAUUUGGUUAGUCUGCAACUGAUAGCGCUGCCAAAAUGAGUGGAAGUGCUCCUAGUUCCAUAAGACCGCUGCCGCCGGGCCUGCAAAAAGUGGCCAUCGAGGAGCUGAACGAGGUGCCAAGUCGAGUGGAGUCGGACAUUGCUGCUCUAAAGGAAUGGCUGCAAAAGCAGCCUCAUCUCUGCGCCUGUCACGAGGAUCAGUUCCUGCUCAGCUUCCUCAGAGGAUCGAAGUUUAGUCUGGAGAAGGCCAAGCAGAAGAUUGAUCGAUUCUACAGCUUGCAGGGGGUUAUCCCGGAGAUUUUCAACGAUCAGCGAUUGGUGGACAAUGACCAAGUGCUGGAGAUUAUUCGAUUGGGAGUGAUCUUGCGCAUUCCCCUCGAUAGGGAGGAUACUGGUCCUGCCGUGACUAUAAUUCGAGCUGGCUCCUACGACAUCAGUAAGUUCAAGUUCCAGGACAUCAUACGCGUGGGCUCCAUGUUUGGCGAGAUCAUGAUGCUGGAGGAUGACAAUGCCUCCGUCAGUGGCUACCUGGAGAUCAUGGACAUGAGUGGAGUGACGGGUGCCAAUCUGUUUGCCCUCCAACCCCAGCUCCUCAGCAAAUUCUCCGCCUAUGCGGACGAGGCAAUGCCAACGCGCCAGAAGGGCAUCCAUUUCAUCAAUGUGCCCAAGGCAUUCGAGACGGGUUUCAAGUCACUGCUUGGUUGGUUUCCGGGUAAAAUCAAGGAGAGGGUUUCCGUUAGCUCCGAUCCGGAUGCAAUUUUCGAGCGAGUUCCUAAGCACUAUCUUCCCAUAGAGUACGGUGGUUCAAAGGGAACCAUGAAGGACAUCACCACGCAGAUGGAGGCGAAGCUCUCUAGCUAUAGGAGCUACUUUGAGGAUUGCCAGCAUUUCGGAACCAAUGACAAGUUGCGCGAGGAAGCCGCAGUGCUGAACCCACAAGAGAGUCACUUCGGUCUGGAUGGCUCUUUCCGCCAGCUGGUCAUCGACUACAGGGUGAAAAAUCAACAUUCGUUCAUAGACCGCCAAGAGAAGACCACCAAGAUGCCGUCCAUCCGACCUCUGAGCCCCGAGCUCCAGAAGACCGCCAUUGAGAAGCUGAACGAGGUGCCCACCAAGUUGGAUGAUGACAUUGCCGCUCUGAGAGAUUGGAUUAAGCAGCAACCGCACUUGAAAGCCCGCACAGAUGAUCAGUUCCUGGUGAACUUCCUGCGCGGCUGCAAGUUCAGUUUGGAAAGGACCAAGGCCAAGAUCGACAGGUUCUACACACUGCGGACCAAGUACCCAGACUUUUAUCUGGCUCACAACGUCGAUGUAGACAAGGCACUGGAGAUAUUUCGAUUGGGCACCAUUGUGAUUCUGCCACGUCCUCUAAACGAUAAUGGUCCACGUCUGGCUCUGCUUCGCUUAGCGAGCUAUGAUCCUAGCAAGUACACCUUUCAGCAGGUGAAUCUUGCUGGUGGACUCAUGCAGCAGAUUAUGCUCGAUGAAGAUGAUGUGGCCAUUGUGAAUGGGUUGAUAUCCAUUCUGGACAUGUCCAAUGUCACCACCGGGCACUUCCUGCAGAUGACGCCGUCUUUCGCCAAGAAGAUGACCGUCUUCCAGGAAGAGGCCCUGCCCCUCCGACCACAGGGAGUCCAUUUCAUCAACACGCCCAGUGGAUUUGAUACCAUCUUCAACAUGAUCAAGCCCAUGAUGUCCAAGAAGCAACAGGGACGCCUCUACGUUCAUGGUACCAAAUGGGAAGCCCUCUACAAUCAGAUUCCCAAGCAGUAUUUGCCCGUGGAGUACGGAGGGGAGAACGGAUCGAUUCCGGAGCUGGUGCAGCAGUGGGAGCAGCGCAUUCUGGCCUACCGGAAUUACUGGGAGGAGGAGAAGAACUACGGCACCGAUGAAAGCCUCCGAGUGGGUCAGCCCGUGGACUUCGAGAGUCUCUUUGGACUGCAAGGCUCCUUCCGGCAACUGAAUGUGGACUAAAGUGUCCGUCCCUUCGCCAAAUUGCUAAAAAUAGUCUUAGCCGUAGCUCUUAUCUUAGGUAACAAAGGUAAAGGUUGUACAAGAGUUUAAUCGAUUUUGAUAAGCAUAGCGAUAAGAGCAUAAAAUCAAACAAAAGCUUAACGCAGUCUGUAAUAAAGAUAGUUCAUUUUGCAUUCACCUAAA